GCUUCUGAUCUCCCUCCACGGAAUUUCUUCCAAAAACUUGAAUUUGUUACUCUCUCAGCUAUACUUUUCUUUCACAACUGGUGGAUAACUUCUUUAGUUCUUGCUAUAACCUGAAGUUGAUAAUUGACUAACGACGUUGGCUGUUGUUCACAAGCCCUAGAAAUGGCAUCCAGAGAGAGAGAAUCCACCGGUAUGACCUUGAUUUCUUCCAUGUACUCAGACGACGAAGAUGACGAAAUGGAAGACGUUCCGGAUCCGUCAACAUCACUCGAGGAAGCCGACAAAUAUACGGAGCCGCUGCCUACCGCAAAAGAAGAUUUAACAAUGUUAAAUGAUGAAGAGAUGGUCGAUUCAGGUAGGGAACGCGAUGCGACGCCGUUAGCCAGUAGCGCUGCGAUUCCUGUAACGCAAUCCAAGUCACAGCGAUUGACACCUCAGCAGACUCUUUCUCCUUCUCAAGAAGAAGCUGUUCCAGUAGAUUAUCGGAGUAAGAAGGCAAGGCUAGCGAUCGUCGAAUACGGACAGGAUGAAGUUGCUAUGUCUCCUGAAGCCGAGGACGGUGAGAUCAUGGUGACUGCUGGUGUGGUUGGUAGUGAAGAGCUUCAAACGGAAAACAGUGAAAUCCAAGGAAGCUUUGUUUCAGAGACUUCUCAGGUCCUCACAGUUAGCACUCAUGAAAAUGGUCAAUUAUCCGCCCAACUCAAUCCAUCACUUUCUGACAAUUUGAGCAAUGCUGUAUGUGAAGCAGAAUUUAGUGUUCAUGUGGAAGUAGUUACUAUAGUUGAAGAAGAUCAAGCUGAAGUUGAUCCCUUGAACACAUUUCUACCUCCCCCACCGCCAACAAAAUGUUCUGAGGAACUGCAAAAGAGAAUCAACAAAUUCCUAGAUCUUAAGAGAGGUGGAAAAAGCUACAAUGCAGAAGUUCGAAACAAGAAGGAAUACAGGAAUCCGGACUUCUUGGUGCAUGCUGUGACAUAUCAAGACAUUGAUCAAAUUGGUUCUUGCUUCAGUAAAGAUGUAUUUGACCCUCAUGGAUAUGAUAAAAGUGACUUCUAUGAUGAAAUAGAAGCGGAUAUGAAACGUGAAAUGGAGAGGAAAGAACAAGAAAGAAAGAAGAGUCAGAAGAUUGAAUAUGUUUCUGGUGGAGUGCAGCAACCUGUAAUAGUGAUGCCAUCUCCCAAAUUGACAAUUGCAGUUGGGGCUGGCAGUGGGUUGCCUACGGUUCCUGCUUCCAGUACUGAUGCUGCUGUGGGGGGACGGGAAGGAGGAAGACAAAGCAAGAAGUCAAAGUGGGACAAGGUUGACAGUGAGAAAAGAAAUCCAUUGCCACCUGGAGGAGGAGGAGGAGAUCCCUUUGCUGCAGGAGCUGGUGCACAUGCUGCUACAUUUUUGUCUUCAGCUAAUGCUAAUGCUAAUGCUGGAUCUGGAUAUACUGCAUUUGCGCAACAAAGAAGAAAAGAGGCAGAGGAGAAAAGAUCCAGUGAUAGGAGGGAGAGAAGAACCUAAGAUUAGAUAGAUCCAGGUUUUGAUUCAAUACAAGCAGCAGCAGCAGCAGCCUCAUGAUGAUGAUGAUCUUUCUUUAGCAACUAGUGAUGAUUGAGUGACCAAACCACCUCCCUUCUUCUUGUAGCUGCUAGAUGAAUAGCACAAUUCCAUACCCUCAAAUUUGUUUUGUUUUAUAUUAUCACGAAAUCUUGUUUUCAUGGCGCCCAAUUUUUCCAAAAUCAUCACAAAAUCGUAGGGUUCUAGCCUCCUUCCUUCCUUACUUAUGGGUGGGUUGUAUGGUACUCAAAAGCAUAGAAAGAUACAAGGCUUUCAUUCAUCUACUGAUUAUUUGUAGAUACUUUGUUAUUAUGAGUUCCUUUUUUAUUAAUUACAACAA